CGGGAGAGCCCCUCCUCAGCCGUCCCUCCCCUCCCGGCGUGAAGUGCAGGGACCCCAGGAUGCCCAGCCAGCCGGGGAAGUGCAAGUCGGCAGGUGGAUGUGGUUUCCGGGAAGAGAACCCUGCCUCUCCCUCUCUUCAGCGGCUGUCUGUCUGUCUGUUUAAAGUAGUAUAAUUAACGCAGCCCGGCGUGCCUCACACUGACACCUUCCCCCGUGGAAAACCGCUUCUAGCCGCCUGAAGCAGCCCGGGAGGCAAUCCCUCUCUUACCUCCUCCCUCUGAAAGCCGAGAGCAUAAAAGUUUUCCUGCCUAAGCCCUGCCACGAAGAACGGAACAUUUCCUGUCGAAACAGUUCCCCGGAGUUGUGAUAAUUCCUUCAUGAAGUCGUCUACGGAUGCUGCUCUUUACACUCUUUAAAGAAAUGUCACUUGCCUGCGUAAAGAGGAGCAACGGUGUUGUUGCGCUCUGCGGUCCUCAGUGAGAAACUUGAGUCCCGGGCGAUGAGAAUAGCUCAUGGGGAACUCAGGGACUGACGGGCUCUAGUGACUGCAGCCAGUGCUGUGUAACCCUCGAGAAAGUGAUGUGGGUCUCUCUCCAUCCUCUCAGGCGUGGGGGCGAAGGGGUGCAGCCUGGCAUUUGGAAGCUUAAGAACCAAGUCUGUUGCCUUCCAAUUUAUUUGUUUAUUUUUUAAAAAGUCUUCCAUCAUGGGUGUACUUUGCUUGAUUAUUUUAAAGUACACGUCCUAUUUUUGCCAAUCUGACAGCUGUUUCCAUAGAAACCAGAGAAGAAAUAGUCAUUUUCAGCAGAGUUGUUAAAACUGUCUUCCAGGCUUCGGCUGCGAGUGCCAGUGAGUGCUGUCCUUGCUCGUUCUGAGAUGGCACUUGAAGAAUUAAGGAUCUGAAAUGUUCUUAGAGGCUAACAAUCCAAAUAAUCAAGGAGAAGAAAGAUGAACUUAAUCUAUGGAUUGCAAUCUGCUACUAGAAACUGUGUUUUCUUCCGAUUUCAUUUGCUGGCCCACUGGAGAAAAUGUAACACACGAGCUGUAACCUCACCAGACUGUCAUCAAGUACAAAUUAAUCAUAUAGUUAAUACGUAUCAGGGUCUGGGAAUAAAUCAGUAUGAUAGGUUGACUUUUCUGCCUGAAAAUUUUUCUUUCUCUAAGACCUUCAGUAAUGAAAGACCAGGAUGCCUCUUGAGCACGAGAUGUAAGGAAAUUGGGAUGGUUACCCCAAAACGUACUGUGUGGAAUGACUCUUUAUCAAGACAACUACAGAUAAAAGAAGUUACAGGAAUUUCUGCUCUUUCACUAUUGCAUCCUCUAAACUGUCUUCAUGAAAGAGACAUCAGGAGUUUCCACACUUCUCCUCAGUGUCAAGCUGCUCCGGUUCCUCUCUUGUUGAUAAUUCUCAAGCCAGUGCAGAAACUAUUUGCAAUCAUUGUAGGCAGGGGCAUAAGGAAAUGGUGGCAGGCACUUCCUCCUAACAAGAAGGAACUAUUUAAAGAAAGUUUAAGAAAGAAUAAAUGGAAGUUACUCCUAUGUUUCAGUAGUUUUGGAUUGCUCUUUGUAGUGUUUUAUUUUACUCACCUGGAAGUGAGUCCUGUCACGGGAAGGAGGAAGCUACUAUUAUUGGGGAAAGAACAUUUCAGACUUUUAUCAGAACUGGAAUAUGAAACAUGGAUGGACGAAUUUAAAAAUGAUAUGCUCACUGAGAAGGAUGCCCGAUACCUAAUGGUUAAGGAGGUGGUUAAUCAUUUGAUUGAAUGCAAUAAAGAUAUUCCAGGGGUCUCUGAGAUCAAUUGGAUUAUUCAUGUGGUUGAUUCCCCAGAUGUAAAUGCCUUCGUGCUUCCAAAUGGACAAGUGUUUAUCUUCACCGGGCUUUUAAAUAGUGUGACUGAUAUCCAUCAACUUUCCUUCCUUCUGGGCCAUGAAAUAGCACACGCAGUACUUGGGCAUGCUGCAGAAAAGGCUAGCUUGGUUCAUUUAUUGGAUUUCCUAGGUCUGAUUUUUCUCACAAUGAUUUGGGCCAUUUGCCCUCGAGAUAGUUUGGCACUUUUGGGCCAGUGGAUACAGUCUAAACUGCAGGAGUAUAUGUUUGAUAGACCGUACAGUAGGACAUUAGAGGCUGAAGCUGACAAAAUUGGACUACAGCUUGCUGCAAAGGCUUGUGUGGACGUCAGAGCCAGUUCGGUGUUUUGGCAGCAGAUGGAAUUUGCAGAUCGUCUCCAGGGCCAUCCCAGGUUGCCAGAAUGGUUAUCCACACACCCUUCUCAUGGAAAUCGAGCUGAGCACUUGGAUAGACUCAUACCUCAGGCUCUUAAAAUUAGAGAGAUCUGUAAUUGCCCACCACUUUCUGGACCAGACCCUCGAUUACUCUUCAAACUCAGCAUGAAGCAUUUCUUGGAAGAAUCAGAGAAAGAAGACCUAAAAGUCACUGCCGAGAAACAGAAAAUGGAUACUCUCACCAUUCAACAACAGAAGCAAAUACCCUUAACGUAUAUAGUUGAGAAAAGAACUAGCAGUUGAAUUAAAAUUUAUGAGACACGAGAUAUAUGAAGAAUGCAGCGGUCCUUACCAUUUUUAUGUUAUUUUUUUAAAAAUGAUGUUUGAAAUUUAAAAAAUGUAUAUUCAGGGUCAGAUCAUGUAUAUUACAAGUAUUAUCUAAAUUCUUCUAGGUAUUUUCAUGAAAUAUUGAUGUAUUUUAAUCUAUUUUAAAAUAUCUUCAAUGAGGAAAGUGUCACAGAAUAAAUUUAUAUUACACAUUUUA